AUGGAGCAAAUCGAACGUGAUCUAUUGGAGCAAUCCAGCCGAGUUGCCACCUUGGGCGAAUAUUUCGCGUGGGUGCAGCGAUGCGACGAGCGGUGGCGCGAGAGACUCGUGUGGCGAGAAAUCGAUACCGCGUUUGAAAAUCGUAUUUUGACCGGUGUGGUGAUUAACAUAGACUAUAUCGAGCCGCGACAAUUUUUGGAAGACGCUUGCGAUAUAGUGCUCGAGCGAGUGCAAGAGGUUUUACAAAUACGCAACAGCGUAAAAGUGAACACUACCUUCAACGGUGAAUUUGUGUCAUGUGAAAAACGUGCAAACAAAAGUAUCAACACGCGAAACUGUGAACUCUUUCGUAUAACAGAUUUGCGCGAGUGGUACGAGCAGCGCGUCAUUGAGCCUACCUUAGCGUCCCUUGAAGAGUUUCAGGAACGUGAUAGUGGGUGGGCGUUAGCGCGCAUACACAAUUUGAUAAUUAAUAUAAACAAGUACAAUCCACUGCACGCGGGGUGUUACGUCGAAUUACCGCGAGAAAUAAAACUGAAGAAAGCAGUAAUUAACGUGCAAUCUAAGGACAAUGCGUGUUUCGCGUGGUCAGUGGUGGAUGCUCUGCAUCCAGCUGAAAAACACACAGAACGAGAAUCGUCGUAUCCUGAUUAUAUAACGGAACUAAACAUGCAAGACAUUGAGUUUCCCAUGACGCUUAAUCAGAUUAAAAAAUUUGAACAUUCAAACGAUAUCUCAAUUAACGUAUUUUGCAUUGAGAAUAAGGAAAUCUUGCCGAUACAGCUUACCACCCGGAAGAAGGAAAAGCACGUCAACUUGCUAUACGUUCAGGGAGACAACGACGUGGGCCAUUUUGCAUGGAUAAAAAAUAUGUCCCGCCUCAUGAGCAUGCAGUUGACUAAGCACAAAGGAAAAAAAUUUUUCUGCGAU